AUGUAUAAAAGUAGGGAUAUUAUUGUUGGAAUUUUAGAAUUUAUUUUAUUUUCUUUACUUUUUCGUUUUGUAAAUACUUUAAUAAAUGAGGAGGAGAAACAAUUUAAUAUUGGAGUAGUUCUAUUAGAAAAAGAAGAUGCCCAUUUAAUAGCAGCACUUAAUUAUACUUUACAUUGGUUACAACAAGAAAGAAAGCGUCAAAAGGAGGAAAUAAUUACUACACAAUUUUUAGUUGGAAAUGAAAAUAUUCAAACACAAAAAUUUGGAAAAUUAAUUGCUUUAAUUGAAACAAUUUCUGAUCCUUACGAUCAUUAUGGAGUUUUGGAGAAGGGUAAAAAUAAUUGUUCUUCUAUUUUAAUAAAUUUAAUUUUGAAUUUAAUGACCUGUCGUUUAAUUAACGAGCACAACAUUGUAGCCCUUAUAGGCCCAGGAGAAAGACAUUUAUCUGAACAAUUAAGCGUUUUGGCUGCUAAUAAAUUGAAUUUGCCUUAUUUCUCUUUGGUUGAUCCAUUAGAACAUCCAAAACUUGAUGAAGGAGGGAAUAAUGUUUUAUCUCAAAAUAAUGGGGAAGAAAAUGAGGAUUUAAUUAAUCAUUUUGAUAUGUUUCCACAUAAAGAAUUAUUUGAAGCAAUAAUUGAUUUAAUUAGACAUUGGCGUUGGGGACGCUUAAUUAUUGUUUUUAGUGAACCUGAAAGAAUUCGUCGGCUAGUUGUUUUUCUUGAACAUGAAGCUUUUGUUUCUAUUCGUUUUCAUUUAGUUUAUGUAGAGGAUGGGGAUUAUUUAAAGGCAGCAAAGGAAGUAAAAUAUUUGGAAGAAUGUAAUGAGGAGGAUAAUGCUAAAUUAUCCCAACAAAAUGGUGGGUCUAACAAUUCCCCUCAACAACAUUGCAACGAGUUUAGCCGUGUUUUGUUGGAUAUGAGCCCUAAAGAUACUCAUAAUUUUUUGUUGUCUGCUUUAAAAGUUGGUUUAGUAGAACAUCAUCACUGGUUUUUAACUACUUCUUUAGAUUUACGUUAUAUGAAUAUGGAAUUAUUUAGACAUAAUAAUGCUAGAUUUAUUGGUCUUGAUCCAACAGAUUUUUCUGAGAAUGAUGAGCAAAAAUCAGAAUUAUUAUUACCAUUACCCAAUAAAAAAGAAUUUGAAGAAUUUGUUCGUUUACAUUGGUUAGCCAAAAAUACAAUUAUUGAAGGCGAAAUGAAAAUUAAUGAAGCAGAAAUUAAUCUUAGAAUGUCAGAAGCAAUUCUUUUAUUUGACUCAAUAUAUUUAUUGGCUAGAGCUUUGUCAAAUGAAACUUUAAAUAUUUUAAAUAGUAACAGAAAAAAAUAUUUUAAUCAACGUCAACAACAACAAAUUUCUUCACUUUUAUUUAAUAAUAAUAAUUUAACUAUGGCUAGAUGUGCUGGGGCUACUAGACAAAAUAAUAGAAAAUUUAAAUAUUCUUUAAUUACUCGCGGAUUAAGCGGUUCACUUAAAAGCAGACUUUGUGGAGAACAAAAAACUUCUAAUAACAAUUUAAACAAUAAUUUUACUUUUCAAAUAUUAAUGCUUGGAUAUACUGGGGUUAUUGAAAAGAUUGGUUAUUGGCAAUAUGGAAAUGAUAUUCCAAAAAUAGAUUUAAGAGCAGAAUCAAGAGCACAACAACAACGAAGAGUUAAAGUUUCUGAUGAAUUAAAACCACAUUUUCGCGUUACUACAAUUUUGGAAAGGCCUUAUGUUAUGGUGAAAAGAUUUUGUAUUGAUUUAUUGAAAGAAUUGGCUAAUGAUUUGGGAUUCACCUACACAAUUCACGUUGUUCACGACAACAAAUAUGGUAGUGAUAAUGGUAAUGGUUCUUGGGAUGGAAUGAUAGGUGAAAUUAUACGUAAUGAAGCAGAUAUGGCUGUUGCCCCAUUAACUGCAAAUUUCCGUCGUGCUGAAAUGGUUGAUUUUACUAAACCUUUUCUUUCUCUUGGUAUAAGUAUUAUCUUUCGAAUUCCUGAAGAUUUUCAACCAGAUAUAUUUUCUUUUCUUAAUCCUCUUUCAUUGGAAAUUUGGUUUUGUGUUUUACUUUCAAUUUGUGGAUUAACUGUUGGAAUGUAUAUUAAUCAGACUUUAAUUAAAACAAUUCAAAAUAAUGUUUUUAUUUAUUUUUUUUCGGUUGCAAAUACAACACCAAAUGAAUGGAAUUUAAAUUUCUCCUGUUGUACAGCACACCAACCUUACCCUGCAGCAAAAUAUUCCUCCCCUUCUGGAACAAAUAUUCCAACAAAAGUUGAAUUAUCUAAUAAUUAUUCUUUUUGUAAUACUUUAUGGUAUGUGUUAAGUACAAUGUUAAAAGGAGGUUGUGAUUUUGGACCUAGAGCUGUGUCUACUAGAUUGUUAGGUGCUUCAUGGUGGAUGUUUACUCUUGUUAUUGUUAGUGCAUAUACAGCCAAUUUAGCAGCAGUUUUGACAGUAUCUCGCCCCCACAUCCCCAUAAGGGAUAUUGAUGAUUUAGCUAAUCAAAGUGAUAUUUCAUAUGGAACAAUUAAUGGAGGGUCUACAAUGCAAUUUUUUCAAGUAAAGAAAAUAAAAAUUCAAACAAAAAUUUAA